AUGGUUGCGACCAGUGUAAGAAACGACGUGUUAAGUGUGAUGAGCAAGGCCCACCGUGCUCCAAUUGCAAAUCAAGAGAGCUGGAGUGCUUCUACUCGCGAACACCGGUGUCUCGUAGCCUAUCCAGUACAUCCGCCAGUCCAACAGCCCCUGGAUACAGUUAUAGUGCGACUCCCGUCUUCAUUGGACCCAUCAGCAGCUUUUACAUAUAUCAACACGGCUCUCGAAUACCAUAACCAGACGCUCACCCCAUUCCGUCAUGCAAUAGACGAUAUAAACCCUCAAAAUUCUGAUGCGGUCUUCGCGCACUCCGUCGUCACUACAAUUAUAUGCAUAGCUCUUCCUCGGCACACUGCGGAGAAAGAUGAGAACAUUGGCGCCUACGAAAAAAUAGUUCUUGCGACUGAGCUCCUUCAAGGAGUGAGCAAGAUCCUCAACCUUUAUCGUGGGUGGGUUACGCUAAAGCCUUUUACAUACGAAAGCAAUUUUUGGGGCAAUUCGACCACGGCCCUAGACCAAGAUACUGAAAUAGCACUUAACAACCUCUCCAUGCUGACCGACGAGGUGUCGAACUCGGAGCAGCGCAACGUGUUUCACGAGGCAGUGAAAUUGCUUCGUCAAUGCUUUGUCAGGUACGCCAACUCAAGAGAUAUCGCCUCAAUCUUGGCCUGGCUAGCUGCGGCAGAUAAGGGGUUUGUUCAUGCACUGAGGUGUCGGCAUCCUCUCGCUCUGCUAAUCCUUAUGCACUGGGGCGUCCUCAUCCACGAGCUUGAUGGCCGGCUAUGGUGGGCCCAGAAUUCAGGCUCAGCACUCGUGCUAGAGCUCCUUGUCGAACUGCAGUCCUACCAACCACGGUGGAAAAACAUAUUAUUGUGGCCAAAGCAGAAAAUCGGCUUAGAGAGGCAUCUGGUCCAUUCCCGAACUACCCAUAUGGGCACGCCGCAUUAA